AUGUCACAGUUGGUCCUGUUGUCGUUUCGUGGUGUCAGAAACGUACGCCAUGAACUUCCCAGAAAGCAGAAACCGAGUGCGAAGCAAUUUGUGUUCCUGAUCGAGACCGAAAGACCGGAACCUACCAUUCCAGGAAAGGUCAAAGCCAUCAUCAAUUCGCAUAUUGCGAAGCAGGCUCAUGAUAAGCGUAAGGCCCGGCAAGAUCUGUCCCAAAGGGCAGCUAUUGUUCAUGAUUUUGGUAAGCUUCUUUGGUCCUCUGAACAAAAAUUUGACCGACACUCAUUGUCUCCAGAACAUACCGAAGGUUCCUGGGUUGACUCCGAGAAAUCCUCCAGGUUCGAAGCUUCCUUCACGCCCUCGCCGACCUCCAUCAUACGAAGUGGGAACUCGGAUCCAUUUAUGGCAACACGUAUACCGGUCACUGCAGCGGUCCACGAAUGUAUGGUGUUUACCCGUGACUGUUUUCUCCCCUCACUCCACGGUAAGGAGAUUGAUCUGGCAGGCACGACGGUAUAUAUGGACGCUUUCUGGCAAGACACGGUAAGCGGGCUUCAAGAUGAAUGCAUUGGAUAUGCAUAUCUCGCUAGGUCAGCCGCCAUCAUUACAACAAUCACCGUGAGCCAGGAAGCAGAGAACCUAUGCUUCUAUUUCAAAAGUCUUGCGAUUACAGCACUCCGCAAGCGCAUGAAGGAUCUUGAAGCCGUUGAAACUAAGCUGGCUCUGUGCUGGGCCAUUUAUUCACUCUUCUCCGCCGAGAUUGCUGCCCACAAUUUCGCCGCGGCUGAGAUCCACGGAAAAUUUCUCAGACAACUCAUCCAGCCCGAGGGUAAGGCCAUCCCGGUCGUCACUGACUCGCGAUUUCGUCAAGCAGCAAUGUAUCAAGACAUCCAGAGAGCGUCGGUGUCGCUGGCCCGGCCCGCGUUUGACCUAGAUCGGUGGCUGACAGAGUUUCUCCCCGGAACAUGGCUUGAAGAAAUAGGCUUGACCAUGACGCUACCUCCAGUAGUGCUGGACCUGGCUAUCGAAGACAUACAUCUAAGAGAAGUGUUUGAGCAGACCAAACAGUGGCUGAUGGUGCUCGGUAUUCUCCUGGCGAAACCGAGUCUUCUUAAUCCAUUCGUGAUAUCGAAUGGCUCAACCAGGCUUCUUAUCCUAGAAGGACAACUCAUCAACAUCUACAUCGACACAGUCGAGGAAUUGGAAUGUACCACAGGGCCUGAAAACCUUCAUCUUUACCACCUGGCGUGCUGUUGUCUUGCAGCUUUAACCUGGUUACGCAGAAUGGGUAAUCACGAAAACAUGGGCAUUGGCUCGAGAUUGUCGCUCACAGGUACUAACGUGUACAACGCCGGUCCAGCCGUCGUCGUGGCAAUGACUAGCUUGCUUAUGAGGAGUGAAGAGGAAGCUGAGAAAUCCGUUGACCUCUUUGCCUUGCGGAUCAGACUAUGGUCACUCUACGUUGGCGCGAUCGUAGAGCAGUCGCUGCCAGCUAUCGACCCAUUGACAGGCUACCUCAAUGUCCAUUUCUGUGCUCUAGCACGACGAAUGAACCUGAAGUCGUGGGAGUCGGUGCAAGCUGUGCUCGAUGGUUUCCUGUACUUUGAAGGCGUUGGCCCAACAGCACGUGCCUGGUUCGAAAUAAUGUCACAAGGGUCCGCCGCGUCAAGUCCAAGUGAUAGUAGUGUGGGCUCCCCUGGGUCGCUUGUCGAGUUGAGACAUGGCUAUGUCAAGUCUUUGCAGCAUUUGAGUAGCACUUCCUAA